AUGCCAUUCUUCUCAAUAUGCAACGGACUCCGGCUGGUGAAACUGUUAUUGUUCCUAGGAACUUCAAGCUACUCGAGGAACUCGAAAAAAGUGAAAAAGGUUUGGGUGAUAUGGCGAUAUCCUUCGGUCUUGUGGACUCUGGCGAUACUUUUCUGAGUGAUUGGAAUGGAGGCAUUUUGGGUCCUGCUGGGACCCACCAUGAUGGCCGCUUCUACCAAUUGCAAGUUCACUGCUCCGAGCAGUACCCUGCCGUUCCUCCUCAAGUCAAGUUCGUAUCAAAGAUCAACAUGAACUGCGUAGACUCGAAGACUGGCACAGUCAAGAAGGAAAAGCUACAAGCGAUGCGCAGCUGGAACAGAAACAUGGGAAUAGAACAAAUCUUGCAAUCAAUUCGCAUGGAAAUGUGUUCUGAUCAAAAUCGGAGAUUGAGACAACCGGCUGAGGGAUUGACAUUUUGA